CAGUCAAGCCGGGCUCCCAAGGAGCCAGCACCUGCAUCGGUCGCACGGACAGCCAGCUACGAGGAGCAACAGCCGGACUACAGCAACUACCAUGCGAAACUUCAGCAAUUGCAACAGCAGCAGCAGCAGCAUCAACAUCCACCAGCCAAUAAUCAAAAUCACAGCAAUAGCAACAAUAGUAGCAACAAAUUUUGUUAUCCCACGGCAUCGGCGGCGGCCAUGGAGAAUAUGUUCCAGAACAAUCAGAUGGCGGCAGCGUAUCUCUAUCAGAAGGAGAGCGGAGCAGAGGCAGCCGCCAACUAUAUGUCGGAACAGGGCUACUGGCAACAACAGCAACAACAACAGCAGCAGCAGCAGCAACAGCAGCAGCAGCAACAUGCACAGCAGCAGCAACUGCAACAGCAGCAGCAACAAUGGACCAGCAAUGGCAGCAGCAGCAGCAGCAACAGCCAGCGAAGCAACAACUAUGCCAACAAUUAUGCAGCGGCGGCAGCGGCAUCCAUGUACAUGCAACACUUCAAUCCCUACAUGCAUCAAAAGGCGGCACUGCUGGCAGAGAAGGCUGCCCAGGCGGCGGCCCAAGCAGCAGCAGCCUCAUCGGCGUCACAGGGCGGCAGUGGCAACAAUAAGCACGGACGCUUUGGUGGGGACUACGGUUAGACGGCUUUAUAGAUGGACAGAUGGAGGUGCUCGAUCGGAACUCUUGCAUAUUAAACAUAAACAUAUAGGCAGAUACUAUCUAUAUACAUUAACUAUAUAUAUAGAGACAAGGCGUUACUGCCAGGAAUUGCUAAAGGAUAAAACCCAUGACGAUAUGAUGAUUUUUCCUUUAAUUUCAUAAAACAGGAACAAGCAACAGCAACAACAACCACAACAAGGUAACCGGAAAGCAACAACAAUAAUUUAUAACACAAAACAAAAUGGCAAAACAAAACAAAAACAAAAAACUUAAAUUGAAUUAGUAAAAAUUUGUUAUUGGUAGUUUGUUAAAAAAAUCCAAAGUGAAAAAGAUGAAAAAAAAACAACAUAAAAAAACAUAAACAAAAAAUAUUGUAGAGACAAAAGAGGAAGGCAAAAAAUGGAUGAAAAAAAAAACCUAAUUAUUGUAUUAUUGUUAACCAAAAUCUAUUAUUAUUAUUAUUAUUAUCUCAAGCUGCGUUAUAUUAUUAUUAUUAUUAUGAACUCGUGUAUGGUCUGUACAUAGCGUUUUUAUCUAGAUGUAUUAAUUACACUUAGUGGAGUCCAACCCCCCCGUGCCCCUAUCCACAAACCAAACCUCAAUCUUGCAAACAUCUCCUCCUUCCCCAAUCGCAGCGCUAAAAGGCAAAACAGCAAUUUUUGUAUUCAUUCCGAAAUGUUCUACUACUUCUACUUAUAUUUUUAUUUUUUAUUUUUGUGUGUUUAAACUAGUUAUUAUUAUGCUUAUUAUUUAUGAAAAAACGAUGGAAUGGAAUGGAAAAAACAAACCCCUUAAAAUGUGCAAUCUAACAUUUAUGUUUUAGGCAAAAACGGAAACAAUACAAUACAAAAAGAAACAAAAAACCAAAACCAAAACGCAUAAAUCACAACAAAUUAAAUGGCAUGAGAAAUGUGAGGAAGGUGGAAAAUAAAGAGAACCCUUUUAGAGAAUUUCGCUGAUAAAGGCAACAGAAUAGCAAAAAAUAAA